AUGUCUGCAACAUUAACGGACAAGGAGAAAAAUGAUAUAACAACAAUUCUUGAUCAGGUUGAGUCCAGUGUACAAGAUCCUAACAAACAAUAUCAUUCAUUGCUGAAAAUUGAUGAAGAAUGCCGAGAAAUAUGGCCAUCAUGGAAUGGUAGCUUUUAUACACCAAAUCAUAAAUCAGUAUCAUUCGUAAAAGGAACUACUGCCACAAAAUUACCAAGCUAUACAGAAAUUUCAGAACAAGUUCACGAAGAAAAUAAAACUCAGAAUAAUUUUCGCAAUAAUGACCAAAUUCAAGUCGAAGUUACCACCCAAAAUCCUGAAGCACAACAGUUGGUUAAUGAGGUUGAUAGUAUUAAAGAUGAUCUUACAGAUUUAAUGCAAAAAUUAAGUCAGACAGUUCAUUCACCAGAUCAAGUGCCGCAACUUGUUGGAGCUGAUCCACUUACAGCAUGUGAUAUGAAUGAAAUUUCUAGUGUUGACUUCAAUCAUUCACGAGAUGAUAACCUAUAUGGUCAACUCACAAAACAACAGCAAUUAGCAAUUGUCAUUCAAGUUCAAAGGGAAAUAAUGGCUCAAAAAGAAGCAAAUAGUGCUUUAGAAAAAGAAAUUCAAGAUUUGAAAGUUAAAUAUGUGAAAUCUCAAAAGAGAAUUGUUUUCCUAAGAAACGAGAUUAAAAAGAGUACAAUUGUUCUCCAAGAACUAAAAAGAAGAGAUGAAGAAAAUAAACCUAAUGAUAAUCAGCUUGUUGAUACUUCUCAGAUGUAUUAA